AUGUACUGGCGUCUUUUGCAACCAAUGUCUUCUCGUUCGUGUCAAACGGCCCGUGGAAGGCUCCAAUUGACCACUUCACAUCUCCUGGCGGCUUUUGGUGGUUUAAAGCCUCAUGGGAAAAACUUCUCCUCGGCCCAGGUCGGUCCAAAAUACACUCAAGAAUAUCAGAACUACGGCGUUGAUAGUUCAGAAAAAAAAGUCAUUUCUUACUUCCACGAUGUGCCGCUCGCAUUGGACCCAGAAAAUAGAACCGCAUCCAUGGUAGUGGAGGUUCCACGGUGGCUGAAUGCCAAGUUUGAGAUCAACACUAAACUUCCAGGAAACCCUAUCGUUCAGGAUGUCAAGAAGGGCAAAGUGCGGUUCGUUCGUAACUUGUUUCCUUAUCAUGGCUACAUUCACAAUUAUGGCGCUUUCCCACAGACAUGGGAAGAUCCAACAGUGAAACACGAUGUAGAUGACUUGUAUGGAGAUGGUGAUCCACUAGAUGUGUGUGAAAUCGGUUCCGAGGUUCUUGCCACGGGAACCGUCAAAACAGUGCGUAUUUUGGGUUCCUUGGCACUUGUGGAUGAUGGCGAGUUGGACUGGAAGGUGAUUGUAGUGAAUGUGGAGGACGAAUUGGCCAACGAGGUAUUUGAUAUUCACGAUGUGUUUGUCAAAUGUCCAGGCCUCUUGGAGUCAACCCGUCAGUGGUUCCGUGACUAUAAACUUCCUGAUGGCAAGCCGCAGAAUAAGUUUGCUUUGAGCGGGGCAUACAGAAACCUGAAAGAGACCAUGGAGACAAUCUUAGAGUGCCAUGAGGCGUGGCGCACGUUGGUGGAGGGCAAGUCGAGUGCCGAGGGCUUCGCUAUUGACAACGUGACGCUAGCAGAUACUCCAGGAUACACGCAGUCGUUUCAUUUCAACGAUGCUGUGUUGGGAGCAGUGGUGGAGCCUGAUGCGCCCAUUCCAGCAGAUAUUUCAGGUAGUCAUUACUGUUCAAAGUAG